AUGCAGGCGAGCGUUCGCGAGCAGAGGCAUGUGGUCUUCAUGUCUUUGCAGCCUCUCUGUUGCUUCUGUUGUCUGUCUUACUUUGUAUCCAUCUGUAGUGCCAAAAAAGUGGAGGAAGACACGGGCGACUACCAUGUUGACCGAGUUUCCACGGACUUCUCCCGCGCGUUGGCGCAGGCACGGAGGAACAAGGGCAUGACACAGGCUCAGCUGGCGCAGGCGAUAAACGAGAAGCCGUCGGUUGUGAGCGAGUACGAAAGUGGGAAGGCUAUUCCUAACGGUGUGAUUUUACAAAAAAUGAGUCGUGCGCUGGGAGUCCAACUUCCAAAAUGCAAGCAAAAGAAAAGAGUGGCAGAUGAAUGA